UUUCCUAGGAUCCCCUUCCCCCUCGCUCCCAACACAAACUCCAAACUGAACUAUCAUUUGGGGGGCGGAACCAAUCUUCUUCAGCUGAGGGGGUACCCCGGAUCAGUCGGGGAGCUGGAUUGGUGGUGCGCCACCUAACGGAGAUCGCUUCCUUCCUUAGUUCUUCGUAGGUACUUUUCCCUGACCUGUCGGCCGCUCUGGCCCUCCGGUCCGCCCCCACCUUGUUCCCUUCACAGCCAUGCAGCCCUACAUGGUCAACAUCAAGCUGUCGGCCCGGACCCUCACCGGGGCGCUCAACCCGCAGAACCGAGGGGCGGCGGACUGGGGCUGGCAAGGGUUGAUUGCAUAUGGAUGCCAUUCUCUCGUUCUGGUUAUUGAUUCCAAGACUGCCCAGACCCUACAGGUUUUGGAAAGGCACAAAGCUAAUGUUGUCAAGGUUAAAUGGGCUAAGGAAAACUACCACCACAAUAUUGGAUCACCUUAUUCUUUGCGCUUGGCUUCUGCUGAUGCCACUGGAAAGAUCAUUGUUUGGGAUGUUGCUACAGGAGCUGCUCGCUGUGAAAUACAAGAGCACACAAAACCCAUUCAAGACAUGCAGUGGCUGUGGAAUCAGGAUGCCUCUCGAGAUCUUCUCCUUGCAGUUCACCCACCAAAUUACAUAGUGUUAUGGAAUGCAGAUACUGGCACAAAACUCUGGAAGAAAAGUUAUGCAGAAAACAUCCUUUCUUUUUCGUUUGAUCCCUUUGAUCUUUCAAAUUUGACAUUGCUUACAAGUGAGGGGAUAGUGUUCAUUUCGGACUUCUCUCCUUCCAAGGCUCCUGUCAGUUCAGGGAAAAAGGUUUACAUUUCCAGCCCUCGUUCUAGUCCUGUUCAUAACAAGCUGGUAUCUGCUGCAGGGGCUAAAAAGGCCUUGGACAAAGUAAAAAUUCUCAUCACUAAUGAAAAACCAAGUGCUGAAUCAGUAACACUGAAUGACUGCCUUCAGCUAUCCUACCUGCCUUCCAAGCGAAACUACAUGUUGUUACUCUACCCAAGAGAAAUCUUGAUUCUUGACCUUGAAGUAAACCAGACAGUAGGUGUGAUAGCAAUCGAAAGAACAGGAGUGCCUUUCCUCCAGGUAAUCCCAUGUUUUCAGCGUGAUGGGUUGUUCUGCCUGCAUGAAAAUGGCUGUAUUACUUUGAGAGUUCGCAGAUCUGUUGGUUGUAUAACCAGUACAUUAAAUGAAGAUCCAGAACCUGACCCCAUUCAGGAGCUGGUCUAUGACUUACGAAGUCAGUGUGAUGCCAUCAGAGUUACCAAGACUGUUCGCCCCUUCACUAUGGUGUGCUGUCCUGUGAAUGAAAAUUCUGCAGCUCUCAUAGUCAGUGAUGGUAGAGUAAUGAUAUGGGAGCUGAAGUCCACCAUUUCAGGCCGAAGUCAACGGACUAGCAAUUCAACUGCAUCACCUUUGUACUCGCCAGUCUCAUUCUGUGGAAUACCUGUUGGGGCAUCUCAGAAUAAACUUCCAGACCUGUCACUGGAUAAUAUGAUAGGGCAAGGCACACUUUCUACUGAAGAGCAACAAAAAAGUUACUGUUUGCAAGAAGUGCAUUUAAAGUUCCUGCUAACAGGGCUUCUUUCAGGACUCCCUUUGCCUCCCUUUGCUAUCCGCAUGUGCCCACCUCUCACCACAAAAAACUUAAAACAGUAUCAGCCUCUCCUUGCUGUCGGAACAAGCAAUGGCUCGGUCCUGGUGUAUAACCUUACCAGUGGGCUCCUACACAAAGAGUUAAGCAUUCAUUCCUGCGAAGUCAAGGGCAUUGAGUGGACAAGCUUGAGCGGCUUCCUUUCCUUUGCCACAUCGACUCCUAAUAAUCUGGGGCAGGUGAGAAACGAGCUGCAGUUGGUUGAUCUUCCCACAGGUAGAAGCAUUGCAUUUCGUGGCGAACGAGGCAGUGAUGAACCAGCCAUUGAAAUGAUAAAGGUGUCUCACUUGAAACAGUAUUUGGCAGUAGUAUUUAAAGACAAACCUCUGGAAUUAUGGGAUAUCAGGACUUGUACUCUUCUCAGAGAAAUGUCAAAGAACUUCCCUACAAUUACUGCUUUGGAAUGGUCGCCUUCUCACAACUUGAAGAGCUUAAGAAAAAAGCAGCUUGCAGCCCGCGAAGCUAUGGCCCGGCAAACAGUGGUAUCAGAAACAGAACAGAGCAGUUUGGAGUCAUCGGUGAUCAGCUUAUUGCAGGAAGCUGAGAGUAAAUCGGAGCUGAGCCAGAACAUUUCUGCUCGGGAGCACUUCGUGUUUACAGAUACUGAUGGACAAGUUUAUCAUUUGACAGUAGAAGGGAAUUCUGUCAAAGACAGUGCAAGAAUUCCUCCUGAUGGAAGCAUGGGCAGCAUAACAUGCAUUGCGUGGAAAGGAGAUAUCUUGGUCCUGGGAGAUGUUGAUGGAAAUUUGAACUUUUGGGACUUAAAAGCCAGAGUAUCCAGAGGCAUCCCCACACACCGAGGCUGGGUGAGGAAGAUACGCUUCGCCCCUGGAAAAGGAAACCAAAAGCUAAUAGCAAUGUACAAUGAUGGAGCUGAAGUUUGGGACACAAAGGAGGUACAGAUGGUGAACAGCUUAAGAACUGGAAGAAAUGUCAAUUUUAGAGUACUUGAUGUUGACUGGUGUACCUCUGACAAAGUGAUCUUGGCAUCAGAUGAUGGCUGCAUCAGAGUGCUAGAGAUGACAAUGAAAUCAGCAUGUUUUAGAAUGGAUGAGCAAGAAUUAACAGAACCUGUGUGGUGCCCAUAUCUACUUGUUCCAAGAGCUUCCUUAGCAUUGAAAGCAUUUUUGCUACACCAACCGUGGAACAAUAAAUACUCUCUUGAUAUUUCACAUAUAAAUUAUCCAGAGAAUGAAAACGUUAAAAAUCUGCUACAGGAACAGUUGCACUCCCUGUCAAAUGACAUCAGGAAACUUUUGCUUGAUCCAGAGUUCACCCUCUUGCAACGAUGUCUAUUGGUUUCAAGGCUGUAUGGAGAUGAAUCUGAACUGCAUUUCUGGACUGCUGCUGCCCAUUAUUUGCAUACUUUUUCCCGGGGGAAACCAUUAACUGUAAAAGCAGAAGACACACUGAUUUCUCAAGGAAAAGGGAUCAAUCCACUAGAUAUAUGUUAUGAUAUACUGUGUGAAAAUUCCUAUUUCCAGAAAUUCCAGCUUGAAAGGGUCAAUCUCCAAGAAGUUAAGAGAUCAAAUUACGACCACACCAAAAAGUGCACUGACCAGCUGCUGCUUUUGGGCCAGACUGACAGAGCUGUGCAGUUACUUCUGGAGACAAGUUCCGAGAAUCCCUAUUACUACUGUGAUUCCUUAAAGGCAUGUCUGGUCACAACAGUCACUUCCUCAGGUCCUUCCCAAAGUACUAUUAAAUUAGUAGCGACCAACAUGAUUGCAAAUGGAAAGCUGGCAGAGGGGGUCCAGUUACUGUGUUUAAUAGAUAAAGCUGCUGAUGCCUGUCGUUACCUGCAGACCUACGGUGAAUGGAAUCGAGCAGCAUGGCUUGCAAAAGUUCGUCUGAAUCCAGAGGAGUGUGCUGAUGUCUUCAAGCGUUGGGUCGAUCACCUUUGUUCUCCACAAAUCAAUCAGAAAUCCAAGGCCAUCCUUGUCCUCCUUUCCCUGGGUUGCUUCGUGAGAGUUGCAGAGAUGUUGCACAGCAUGAGGUAUUUUGACAGGGCAGCCUUGUUUGUUGAAGCUUGUCUCAACUAUGGCACAAUUGAAGUCAACGAAGAUGCAAAAAAACUCAUCCAUGCGAUAUUUGCAGACUAUGCCAGAAGCCUGAAGACUCUGGGGUUUAAACAGGCUGCUACUUUAUUUGCCUCAAAAGCGGGACCAGCUGGUAAAGAUCUAUUGAAUGAACUUGAACAGCUGAAAGAAGAAGAAUGACAGCUCUUAAGCAAACCACUAAAAACUGAGAUUUCCCAUCAGAUGUAAUCAUCAGUGAAGUAACUUUUUUAAAAGACAAUGAAGGGGGCUUCCUUAUGGUGAAAAAUACAGUUUGGUCACAGUAGAAAUUGGAAAUGCUGAAUGUCAUGUGUGGGCAGAAUUUUCUCCUAAUUUGUAGAGAUAAUGAGUUAAGGAAAAUGUCUGCAUUUCUCUUAAACCAAAAUUUAAGUGCUCAUAAGAGCUUUUAGCUACUUAAGGUAAAGAAAUGAUUCAUCUUCUGGUGUCUUUGAAUGAAAAGUACA